CGAAAUGUCCAGGCUCCGUAGGCCUGGAUCUAUCUAUUCACGCUGUUGCAGAUGUGCAUGUUCCACCUAAAUCCCCUAGCCCUUUGGCGACCAACAUUGAAAAGCAAAAGAUACACGUUAUACAGAUUGAAACAAACAUGCUAGGGACGCUUGUUUAUGCUGUGUUGUUUUUCAUCAAUGGUAUCGCAGUUUUGAGUGAAGAUAGGUUUUUGGCGAGAGUCGGAUGGUCCGCAAAGUCGUCGUCGUCGAACAUAAAUGGGAUGCCGCAACAGCAGUACGGAUACGGAGAUUUCAACAGUAUGUCCUCUGGCUUACCCUCGAGUGGUGGUGAAGGCAUCAAGUCCAGACUUAUUAACUUGAUAAGUGCAACCCGUACGUUAUUGCGCAUUCCUUUGAUUAUUGUGAAUAUCUUGGUCAUUGUGUACGAGUUGUUGUUAGGUUAAAUACUAGUGAGAAAUCAUUAGGAUCGUUUCAUUAUGUAAGUACUAAUUUUUAUGUAUAAAUAAUAAAUCAUUAAGUGUUGAAGAGAAAACAUGAGUUAUAACU